AUGGUUUCAAACUACAUCAACUAUCAGAAACAACCACGCACAAAAGAAAAUAACUGGAUACAUCAGGACAUAAUGCACAGCCAACGCUUUCUGAAACAACACCCCGAGAUCUGCUUAACCAGAGCGGAUAAGGGAAACAAAACUGUGGUGAUGACGACAGACGAAUAUCGACAAAAAAUGACGGAGCUAGUAAGCGAUGCUGCCACAUACACACUACUGAAAAGUAACCCAUCGAAUAAAACACUAAAGAAACUGAACGACAUUGUAGAGGAAUGGUGGGUAGAAGGGCAUAUAGAGACGUACAUCAAAAACAAACUAAAAACGUUUCAUUCCUAUCCACCACGUAUCUACGGCCUACCGAAACUACACAAAGAGAACCGUCCGCUCAGACCAGUGGUAUCAACAGUGGGAUCUGCCACUUAUAAGAUGGCCCAAUACAUGGCGGGGAUUCUCGAAAACCUUGUGGGGAAAACACAGUACCAUAUUCGGAACAGUUUUGAUUUUGCGGAAGAAAUUUCGAAUAUAGAAGUACCGGAGGGAUGCGUGAUGUACUCUCUAGAUGUUGUUUCUCUUUAUACAAACGUACCUGUGCACAAAGUAUAUGAAUAUAUUGAAGAGAAAUGGCACCAGUUGCGUAAUUACACAACUGUUCCAUGGGACAGCUUCAAAAAGGCGAUGCAAACGGUACUAAGUGCGUCGUUUUUCCACUACGAAGAGAAGGUCUACAACCAAUGUUUUGGCGUCACAAUGAGCUCACCUUUAUCACCUGUAGUUGCAAAUAUCGUUAUGGAAAAACUGGAACAAGAAUGCAUGGCAAAACUACAUCACAAGGGAAUCUCGUUGACAACUUACAAACGAUACGUUGAUGAUUGUUUCGUGAUAGGGAAAGAAGACGAAAUUGAUGCCGUUGUACGUGAAUUUAACACGAUGGAAAUGUCACUCAAAUUCACGGUGGAGAAGGAACAAUCCGGUUCACUGAGGUUUUUGGACAUAACACUAACAAGGACAGAAGCAAAAAUAACGAAAAUGUGGUUUACGAAACACGAAAAAGGUCGGUACCUAGACUUCACAUCGGAAAGCCCAUAUGCCUACAAGAAAAACUCUGCAAUCGCACUUUUCGACCGAGCAAUUAAACUGACGGACGUCGAGAGCAGAGUUGUAAGCAUACAAAAAGCUAAAUCGAUACUACUGCUGAACAACUACCCGACACAUUUCCUACAGCGAAUACUCAAACAACGAGUCCAUGCAGCGUACAAUACUCUCGAAGAUAGGCGGGAGACCAGAAAGAGAACUAAAUAUGUAUCGUUACCGUAUAUCCCAUGUCUGAGCGAGAAGGUGGGUAAAGUACUACGCAAACAUAACAUCAUCGCGUCGCACAAACCUCGGGACCAAGUUAAGAACACUGUUUUCUCAAAACUUAAAGACAACAUACCAAAAAUGCAAAAAACUAACUUGGUAUAUAGCGUACCAUGUGGAGCUUGUCCAGACAAGGAAUACGUGGGGCAAACUUCACAAACGCUGGAAAAGCGCCUCGCCCAACAUCGAUAUGGCGUACGGAGACAAACAACUACAACAGGCUUAGCGCAACACGCAAUAGAGAACGGACACGAGUUCGAUUUCUCCCGCACUCGAAUACUAGAGCAGAUUACCAGAGAGCAAAGCAAAAUAUCGGCGGAGGCUCUCCACAUUAAGCUGAGCGGGAACAGAUCAGUGAAUCUACAACGCGAUGCACUGGGGUUCUCCAAUACAUACAUUGGCAUGGUUAAAAAACUCAGAGAGGUGUACGAGAACAAAAAUCAACCUGCUGAUCGACAACGCGCGCAAAAUGAGAAUGGAUAG